UCAAUGGCUGUCGCGAACGACUGACAACGUGACAGAAAUUUGUUGUUGAAAAGCAGGAUUUUGAGCGCAGUAAAAAUAUUUUGCUUAUGUUUCAAUGUGCAUUUCUACAAAUAAUAGAUACUUCAAACAUGACUUUGACGGAUAAUAAUGAACCUAUCAAUGCAGACAACGAAAACAAGUGCAUUCUCGACGUCGGUAACGCUCUUGUGCACGUUGUGAAAGAGGCUCUUAGCCAGGGCAGGGUCACUUUUGGCAUCUUCGAAUGCGUCGAGGUUCUUGAAACAUGCCCGGAGCAGGUAAUGCUGUGCAUCCUCCCCACAGUGUCUGAUGAAAAUAUUCUGAACUUGGUCAACAUUCAGCACAAACUGAUCGAAGCUCAUUGCUGGGAAAAUGAGGUCAACCUCGUGAAAGUGGACAGUUCACAAAAGCUAUUGGCUCUUCUGACCCAAGGAGCAAGCAACCUUGACCGCACAGCUGACCUCGGUUGCCUCUUAGUUGGCUAUCCGACCGAUGACAUGAGCAAAGAUGAUUUUCAGAUCACCAAACUCUCCUAUCUCUUCAAUGAACAGAUGGAACCCAUUGCUCUGCCUGAUUGAGAAUUGUAAGGAGGAUGUUUGACCUUGUACUUAUAAAGGAACAGCAAGCGUUCCUGUCCGCGGCGGCUCAGCCUAAUUGGCUUAUCAAGAUACGGUCUACAUCAGAUCCAUAUCAGCUGAAAUUGGCUUGAAAUCCUGCCCUAUGUUAUGAAAAAAAUGUAUUCAAGAAAUAAUUAUAUGUGUUAAGGUACACUUGUCUGAUCUGACUGGCUACGUUAUGUAUGAGAAAUAAUUAUAUGUGUUAUGGUGCACUUUUCUGAUCUGACAUAAUGUAUGAGAUAUAAUUAUAUGUGUUUAGGUGCACUUGUCUGAUCUGCCUGGCUACUUAAUGUAUGAGAUAUAAUUAUAUGUGUUACUUAGUUUGCGCUGAUUAGUGCCGCUAGUUUUGGAUCAGGGUGGUAUUCCAUAUGCAACUUAAGUCAUUCUUAGGGACAUACAUCAUUGAUUGCAUUCACUCUAUUGGUCAGUUAUUAAUUGCAAGUAAUCCGAUUAGCUACAUCGUUCUUAGAUCCAAUUAAGACUAAAAUUGAGUACCAGCCGUGGGGUCCAGAAAAGGAUUAAUAGAAACAUCAAAAAUUUUAAAUCUGUAUAUGGAAACGACACAAAUGUCAACGAGUUGAUUUGUAGUAAAAAAAAAAUACACAAAUAUAAUUUCAAUUUACGAAUGAUAAAUCGAUUUAUAUCGUUAUUGAAUCGGCACCUUAAAUCAUUGUAAUUAUGAUCAAUGUAUUAACUUAAUGAGAAAUGCAUCUGUCUUGUCAGAAGUAUUUUAAUUUUGAUGUCAUUUUAAAUUUUUGCAAUCUAAGACUUGGGGCCGUUAAGAACAGAAUCUCGUUUGCACUGCAAUGACCUUAAAUGAGUUGAUUGGAUGUUAAUCAUAUACAAGAAAUUAUAGGUUAUAUUUUAGUUUAAUCUAUAUUUAGACGUACAUUUGUAUGAUUCAUGAAUAUACGUUUUAUUUUGCAUUUAAUGAACAAUAUUUUAAGUACAAGAUAAAUGUAUUUAGUAAUUAAAUGCACUUUUAAGAUUUAGGAUAUAGUUUAUUCUCUGUUGUUAAUAACUUAUGUGAAAAUGGGGUUUGAAAGUACAUCAUGAAAAAAGCAUACACGUCUGUGUAUUUAAAUUUAUGUUCUGCCAGUAUCUAGUGCGAAAAGAGGUGAAAUUCCUAAAACAAGUAUAAAACUAUCAAUUUUGUUUUAAAACGAAAAUACAGACAAAACUCAUUAUGUUUAAGUCGUUUAAACCUCGGAAAAGCUUCGAGGUAACGAACGUUCGCUAUAACCAAAAUACAAAACAUGUCUUAUGAAACCAAAAAUAUUCGAAAAAAAUCGACUUAACAGGAAAGUCGAGAUAACAUAUUACGACAUAAAUUCAGGUACUUCCAUAAAAUUUAAUAGGGGUAUUUUAUGAUUUCGUGCUGGGCACGUUUUAUUUAUUCGUAGAUUAGACUGUUGUACAUUUUUGCUGUGCAAAGUGUAUUGUUCCUCAUUGUUAAUACAUUAUUUAUUUUCCCAUUAUGUAUAAACAUUAUUAUUAUCACAUCGCUACCAUCAUUGUUCUUUAUAUGCAAUCAUCAUUGUUUUAAUGUUGAAGAUGUUAUUGUUCUUAUCUUGAUAACAACGUUAUUCUUAUAUUGCAAACAUCAUUGUUCUUAUGAUGCAAACAUAAUAAUUCUUAUGUUGCAAACAUCGUAGUUCUGAUGUUGCAAACAUCAUAUUUGUAAUGAUGCAGACAUCAUUGUAAUAUUGCGAACAUCAUAGUUGUAAUGAUGCAGACAUACACGUUUUAAUGUUGCAAACAUUGUAGUUGUAAUGUUUCAAACAUCAUGGUUGUAAUAUUGCGAACAUCAUAGUUGUAAUGAUGCAGACAUACACGUUUUAAUGUUGCAAACAUUGUAGUUGUUAUGUUGCAAACAUUAUUGUUUAAAUGUUGCAAACAUGAACUUUUGCCUUACAUUGAAGUGAAAAGUAAAUAAAUGACAAAACAUUA